AUGGACCGUCUGGUUUUCUCCCACAACAGGUCUUCACCAGCUUCCAAACGAAGGACAAAAGAUGCUGACAUUGUCCCAGGACAGGAAGACGACCGGCACCUGGACAUCAAAGGAAAAGAGCAAAGGGAAGCUUUCUACCAACUUCUAGGUAAGAAAUUCUGCUCCAUAGUGUAAAUCUGGAGUUUAUAUGGUUCUAAUAAUAUUUAUUCAGCAGAAUAGGCAGUUAUUCAAAGAACGCAUAGUGGCUAAAUAGCUGUUUGAUGCCCCGGCCUCAACGCAUCUCUAUGGGGAGCGGUCAGUGUCUCCAUGCAGAGCGUCGAGAUACUGAACGCCAGUGCUGCACACUGUGCAGCACUGACCCAGGAAGCACCUGUAGUGGCCAUCUGACUGCCACUGGAGGUGUCCCUAGGCAGUAAACACUGACUUUUCUCUGAGAAGGUGGUGUUUACAUAAAAAAAACUUGCAGGGAGAAGCAGUAGACACCAGAAGAAUGACAUUAAGCUGUAGUUGUUUUGGUGUUUAUAGUGUCCCUUUACCUAUUCUCCCACCAUAAGCACUAAAUAGAGAAAUUAACAGUGAAUAAUUCAAUCUUGGACAAAUUACUCUCUGGUAUUCAUAAAAGGCAAUUAUAAGAGGGUAUUCUAUUUGGGUUUCUUGUAUCAUAGCGACUACCUAAUCUUUACACUAACGGCUGAAAGUACUGUUUAGUGGCAUGGUCCCUAAUGAUACUCUUUGUUUUUACUUAACUAUGUCAUUCUUUAUGUGAAACAACACAUACAUAUCUGUACUUUAACAUUAGAGUUAACUAUUGGUCCCCUCCUUGAAGGGAAUUACUAGUUCUCCAUACACUAUAGAGGAGAUUGUGGUGUUUUCUACUCAGUUCACGUAGGACACCUAUACCCUUUCCAUUGAGUGUUCCUCAUUUACAGGUAAUAGGAAUAGCAUCUAAAUUUUAGGCGGUGGCACAACUUAUUUAUACUUUUUAUUUUUCAUUUCAUUAAAAUUUACGUUUUAACACACUUGAAUUGUAUUCAGUUCCACUCACUAGGGUUAUACCGUACACGAACCAUAAUCAGUCCUGGUUUUGUUGGCUCGUCUAUUGUAUUAAAUAGCGCAGUAAGAUAGACUAUUUUUCACAUGUUGGUUAAGCAGUGGGGAGAGCACUAAAUUACCACCGCGGCCGGCCAGCACUAUACUAUUUCAGUAAUAUGAAGGAACAGGGGGAGGAGUGCUGAGGCGUGCGGAGACACACAACAUGACGCAGACGUGACGUCAACGUGCGCGUCCUGUCCACCUUCACAGGUCUCCAGUAGCUAAAAGAUCCACUCAGAUGUGAGGGCAGCUACGCGGCAGCAGUAGUGCUGUGAGGCCCAAGCAAGCAGAUCAGCAUUUUGUUUGAUUGAUCAUCAAUGGGGGUGCAGGGUAUUUAUGUGAAGAGAGGGGUGCAUUGCAUUUAUGUGAAGGGAAGGGUACAGGGUUUUUUGUGAAGGGGGUGCAUGGAUUUUAUAGCAGGGUGUGUAGGAUUUUUGUGAAGGGGGAAGGGCAGAGGUUUUGUAUAAGGUGGGCAGGAUAGGGUUUUUGUAGAAUAGGGUAAGGGCAGGGGAUUGUAUGAGGGUGGCAGUUUUUUUUGUGAAGGGUGUGCAGGAGUUUUAUGAAGCUGGCAGUGGAUUUGUGGAAUGGAGUGCAGGGGUUUUGUAUAAAGGGGGCAGGACAGGAGUUUUGUAGAAGAGGGAAAGACAGGGGAUUUAUAUAAUGGGGAGAUGGCAGGGUAGUUUGUUAAAGGACCACUAUAGGCACCCAGACCACUUCAGCUCAAUGAAGUGGUCUGGGUGCCAGGUCCCUAGAGAAACUGCUAUGUUUACACUGCAGGGUUAAUCCAGCCUCUAGUGGCUGUCUCCCUGACAACCACUAAAGGCGCUUCCGCAAUUUACACGGAGUAAAUCGUACUUAUUUGAUGCUGGUGUCAUCACGGACCUCCAGUGUCAAAAAAGAUCCCCAUAGGAAAGCAUUAAAUAAUGCUUUCCUAUGGGCGGGUUUGAAUGCAUGCACGCCUCUGGGUGUGCAUGCGCAUUCGGCUCCACUCAGUAGCGGACAUCUAUGGUGGAGUAGAGGUCACCAGUGCCGAGGGAGCCCGGCGCUGGAUUAAGGUAAACAAAUAAAUGGUUAAUUAACAAUUUAUUUGCCACUGAACGGGGCCCUAGUCACCUACUCUAUAGUGUUAGGAAUACAUAUUUGUAUUCCUAAUGCUAUAGUGUUCCUUUAAUGGGGAUUCAGGAGUUUUAUGGAAGGAAGGUGCAGGAGUGUUAUGGAAAGACGGUGCAGGAAUUUGUAAGAAGAGGGAAAGGACCGGAGUUUUGUAGAAGGGGUCAGGACAGGGCUUUUGUAUAAGGGGGGCAGGACAGGGGUUUUUUGUGAAGGGAGGUGCAAGGGUUUUUUAGAAGGGGGAAGAAGAGGGAUUUUAACAAAACCCCUGGUCUUGCCCCUUCUAUAAAACCCAUGCAUCCAGGUUGGUGGCCGAGAGCUGGGGGAGCAAAAAUCUGAAUCAUCUGCCCCUGGCCGGGGACUCUGAUUUUUCAUCUUUACUGUCUCCCUGCAGCUAGCACAGGACAAGGAAGUCGGCCGGCCUCUCCUGAUGAUGUCAGGAGGAAGAGAUGUGGCUUCCAAAGCUCUUCUCCUAGACCGCUGGGGAGUCUGGGAGAAGAGCAGUGGAAGCCACACCACCUCCUACUGACAUCAUCAGAAGUAGCUGGCCGACUUCCUAGGCUGCUGUGUGGGUCCUCCAGCUCCUGUUCCACUCCUACCUGGCCCAAGGUAAAGAAUACACUUUGUUGUUUUUUUAUGAUCUACUCUUUUUAAAGCAGUCCCUGUCACCCUGAACAGCUCAUGCCUGCCCUCCGCCACAGCCCAUGUCCCCUCUCUAAAGUUCAUGUGCCACCCUCUACAGCCCCUGUCACCCCACUACAGCCUCCAUUACGUCCCCUAACUUUUCAACUAACUACAGCCACUACCAGUGCCCUUCCAGAGAUUAGGUUCUGGAUCCGACCCUGCUCUGUAUGACUGGAUAUAUAUGUCUUUGUCUGUCUGUGUCUGUAUGUGUAUAUGACAGUGCGUAGUGUGUGAAUGUCUCUGUAUGACAGUGUAUGAAUGUCUGUGUUUGUAAGGCAUUGUAUCUCUAUGUGUAGAUUGUAUGAAUGUGUGCCUGUAUGACUGUUUGAUUGUGUGCCUGCAAAUCUUUGUGACUGUGUGCCUGAAUAAUUCUGUAUACCUGUAUGGUUGAGUGUUGCUAUAUAUUUAUGUCUAUGUGGUAUGGGAGGAAAAAGACACAAUGCGCCCCGUGGGGUAGGGACACAGAGGUGAGAGAGCCACAGAACAGGGCUGGGGGGAAAGAAAGAGACACACAAAGGGCUUGGGGGAAAGUAAGAGAUACACAAAGGGAAUGGGGGAGGGGAGAAUGAGACACACAAAGGUGCUCAGGAAAGUACGAUACACAGGGGGGUUUGUAAGAGACACAUAGGUGAAGAUGCAUUGAAGACAUAGUAAAGGAUGGAUAAAAUACACUAAAGAGGGUAAGAAAUUCAAAAGGGGGGCUACAAGACACACAGGUGAAGGCGCUAUUAUUAGGGAGGGGUGGGGAGUACAAAAUGCCAUCUUUGUCUAUUUAGCAAAAAAUCCUUGCACCAGCCCCUUUCUACAAAACUCCUGCUCUGGCCCCCUUCUAAAUUUGUGCAAUUAAUAAUCUUGAAAACAUUUUUGCAAAUUGUGGAUUUUUUAUUUUACUUUUUAAAGGGUGGGGGGGGUGUGUGUUAAAAACAGGAUCCGCCCCGGGUGCCAAAUGCUAUAGGUAUGCCCCUGCUUUAACUGACUUCUCAACUAAACAGAAUGAACAUACAGACAUUUUUUGGUGGCGGGAGUAUCUGUAACAAAACCACUAGGAGGUGCUAAAUUCAGCUUGGGAUGCUGAAGCAUAUAAUAUAGUGCUAAUUCUAUCUCUACCUAACCCUAAUCUUAGUUAAAGGGAUUCUCUAGUGCCAGGAAAACAAACCAGUUUUCCCGGCACUAGAGAAUCCUGGAGUGCCCCCUCCACCAGAGUUGAAGGGGUUAAAACCCCUUUCAGCCACUCACCUGAAUCCGACACCGAUGUUCUCGGCGCUGGGUCAGGCUCCGUCUGCGGGGGAGACCUAAUGUGCAUGCACAGCAUUGGCUGAACACGCGCAUUAGACCUCCCAAUAGGAAAGCAUUAUUCAAUGCUUUCCUAUGGGGAUUCCGGCAACACUGGAGGUGCUCAUGCAAAGCGUGAGGACUUCUAGCGUCGUUUAGACGACCAAAAGUCAUCUAAGAAGCCGGAAGUCCCUCUAGUGGCUGUCUGGUAGGACUUAACCCUGGAAGGUAAUUAUAAAAACUGCAAAAAUUACACUUGCAGAGUUAAGGGUGAUGGAAGUUUGCACCCAGACCAUUUUAAAGAGCUGAAGUGGUCUGGGUGCCUACAGUGUUCCCUUAACGAUUAACAGCCUCAACUUAUCCUAACUAACCCUAGCUAACACUCCAAUGUCCUGUUCUUCUAAUCAGUUGCGGUCAGAGCCAUUUAUUGGUGAGGGAACCAGCAAUAGCCCAGUGCUUUCUGAUCAUGGUGGGUACUGGUUGGAGAGAUUGCCUCCAGUUGUCAUAGCAAUCUGUUAGCAGGUUAAGCUAUGAAAUCAUAUUGCUGGAUAUCUCACGCUUGAGACACACUGUUCUCCACUGCUAUUCUGAUUGGAUGCCCGAGGAGGGCUAUUGCUGAUAUACAGCCUAACCAGUAACAAUUACAGUAAUAUCACGGUCUCACUAUCAAUUAAACCUAACUACAUAAGUGAUGAGGACACACAGGGGGACACACAGUCAUCAUAAAGGGGGGUAAGGAAAAGUUAAUUUUAAAGUAAAAAUUUCUAGUCUUAUAAUAGCUAUUACUUGUCCUAUUUAUUACAGAUGAUGCCAUUGUCCAAGCAUUUCUAUAUACUGAUGAAUAUUUCAAGUCUUCUGACAAGGUAUUGUUACUGAUAUAAUAUUAUUAUCAUUAUUGUUAACAUAUGGUCUCAUUUUUACCAAAUGUCAAUAUUAUCAGAAAACAUUGUUUUCUCUACUAAAUAAUUCUAACAAGACUUUUCUGCCAAAGAUAUUUAGAUCCACAGUCAAUAACUUAUAAAAUGACAUUAUUUAAAAUAAAUUCAUUGCAAUUUUACAAUACAAUGCAGUGUAUUAAUAUGGCAAUUAUUUGCUGCCUAUUAGCUUUCAAGAGAUGUAUAUACUAAACAAUAAAUUGUUGCAGAUUUGAGGCCAAAUUUGCCACAAAGGAUAAAUAUCGGAACUGGACAAUUUCUCCAAUGCUGCUAACUUGGACUAUUGUUCCAAAGUUCCUAUUCACUGUUUAGUGAAUUAAACCUCACGUCUACUGUUAUAUGUCUAUUUUUUUUAUAUGGUCUGUGACUGAAUCCCCUGGCUUGUUGAGGGACUUGGUGGCCAGCUAUAUAGACCCAUGCCCAGAAGGCUCUAAAUAAUGAAAAAUAAAAGUCUAUUGCUACUGUAUAGGUAUGGUUGCCCUGGGUGCUUAUGCUAUCUCUCAGGAGGAUAUGGGGGACUCUGUGGAUCGCCUGGAUCUAUUCUGCACACCACGCGCCUGACCGGAAGUUACCAUAAUUCGCUGUGGAACUAUUCACCGGAUGCAACCUGAACUUUCCCUAACAAGAUUUCAAACACAUCAUUAGAUGUGCUCGUGUUAUGUUAAGAUCACUAGGACCUGCAGAGAGCACUAAAACAAUGCUUUCGUAUGACUUGCCCUCAAUGGCCUGGCCUUAGAAGGUUGGCAGGCAUACAUUCAUGCCAGACUGACUUUACAUAGUUGUCUACAUUGAAAAAAAAUACUACAUUCCAUCAUGUUGAAACUGCCAGUUAUUUCUGUCUGGGUGCUCCCCCUUUAUCCACUCCCAUCGGUAUCCUUCUUUAAUAGAUUCAGGAGUUGGGAGGUAUGUUAAUUCCUGUGCUGUAUUAGUAGGAUUUUCUCUCUCCUAAUCUUUAUUACAUGCCUUACUCUAAUUCUGAUAUUCUCCUAGUACCUGCUGGCAAUGGUGAUGACAUACUUCCAGAGAGCAGGACUGAAGAAAGAAGAAUGUAAUAGGGACAACUUUUUUACAGCUUUGUAAGUGUUUUUAACCUUCCCUAAGGGUUUUAAUGUAAGACGCUAACAACUCCUCUCUUGUCAUACUCACUGUAUUUUAUUAAGCGUUUAAAUAACAAACAGAAAAUAAGGGUAACAUGUGCAAUAUUUGUAGCAAAAUCAUUACAACUUGUGAUAUCUAGACUGCAUGAGCUGCAUUUAUGUACUUUGGUAACUUACUUGCAAUUCUUUUCUAUCUUAAGAUAUCUGGCAAAUUGCAUAGAAGAAGAGGAGCCAUUUUAUAACCAGAUAUAUCCCUGGGCUCUCGGAGGAAACUGGCGUCUUCAUCUGCACCACUUCUGCAAGGCACGCGACCAGUUAUGGUUGCGAAUGGGAUUCCAAGCCCUAGUAAGCAGAGAGACAUGUGAGCAGGUUUGUAAUCGCAAUCCAUUUGAAAAAAAGACAAAAGACAUUAGAUUAAGUACCGUAUAUACUCGAGCAUAAGCCGAGUUUUUCGGCACUUUUUUUUUGCUGAAAAAGCCCCACUCGGCUUAUACUAGAGUCAAUGUCUGUAUUAUGGCAACUUACAUAGCCAUAAUACAGACCAGGCUUGUAAUGAGCCCGGCGGUCCUGUUGGGGGCUGGCAGAGAGCUGUUACUUACCUUCCUGCAGCUCCUGUCAGCUCCCUUCUCCUCCGUGCAGCUCCCCUGUCAGCUCCGUUCUGCUUACAGUGUAAGUCUCACGACACCCACGGCCAUGCUCCCUGCGGCACGCAGACCGUGAGACUUACACUGGAAACAGAACGGAGCUGACAGGGGAGCUGCACGGAGGAGAAGGGAGCUGACAGGAGCUGCAGAAAGGUAAGUAACAGCUCUCUGCCAAGCCCCCCACCUGCACAGCCCAUACACUGGACCACCAGGCAACAAGCAGGGAGGGGGGCAGAAAACCAAUUAAAUAAAAAAAAAUACAAAUAUUCAAAUAAAAUAAUAAUAUUAAAAUAAUAAUAAUAAUAAUAUUAAAAUGUAAAUAAUCAAAAUGCCUUCCCCUCACCCAAUUUACACACACUACACAAACACACACACACACACUGCAUUCACACAAACACACACUGCAUUAUAUACACACACAGUGAAUAAAUAUUCAAUUAAUGUAAUUUUAUUGGGAUCUAAUUUUAUUUAGAAAUUUACCAGUAACUGCUGCAUUUCCCACCCUAGGCUUAUACUCGAGUUUUUUUGGGUAAAAUUAGGGGCCUCGAUUUAUAUUCGGGUCGACUUAUACCCGUAAAUGCUUUAGGAUUUGAAUUUAAUUGAAAACUAGUUUUCAGAUGCAGUCAGGUUUUUUUUAGACUUGUGUCUGGAAAUUUUACCCAAGAUUAUCAUUCAGAAAUCCUUCCUUCGGCAUUAAUGAACAAUUUCUAAGAGACGGUAUCUAGAUCCUUUCUAUUAGUUAUUCAAAUCAAAAUAUUUUUUUCCCCACAGACAACUGAAUCUAUACUCUUUAAUGAUGAGAACAUGUUGUGAGCAGGGCCGGUGCAAGGAUUUUAGAAGACUAUUAUAUGUCUGCCUCAGGGCAAUCAUAAGUUAUGGGGUCCUCAUACUUUCUGUGAGUGCCAUCAAAAUCAUGCAUUAGGAUGAAAAAUACACGGAUGGCAUCACUAAUUCUGCUUUAAAGGUUUACACAAUGGGAAAGGUACCCAACUAAACAACCUAACGUGCAACUUUAAUUGUAAAAAUAGUACAUAGAAAUGUAACUUACAGUAUCCAGAAGGCUUUUUGAUUUAUGAAUAACUGUAAUUUCUGUUCAGGAAUUGAAAUGUAUUUACAAAAUGUAAUACAACUUUAAUCCUUUCAAAUUAUGCAGAUUUCUCUAAAAUAAAAAUAAAACCAAUAUUAGUAUAACUAUGCAAAGCCGUCAGCCAAGGAUUGCACAUUUGUUGUCAGCAUUUCAUUUCUUUGUUGUUUUAAAAGUUAACAUUUAAGUUGAACAUUAGUCAUUUUUUUUUGCUCCUGUUCUUUUUUCCACCUAGAUCAUGGCUGCAAAUGCUUCCCACUGGGCAUGGACAAGAACUCGGAUAAACCAUCAUGGAGGGGCGAUCCGACAUUUUCGGCGAAAGCUGAAUGAGUUUGUUGUCCGAGUUCCUUUACCGUGGCAUCUGUUAUCCUGCCCCUGUCAGAGAAAUGCCAACUACACCACCAGCAACUCUCGGGUCACCAAACCUGCGCAGUGGGAAGUGGCUAAAAUUGUCAUCAAACAAACAGGUAAAAAACUAAACAUUGUGGAGAUUGCACUUACACUAAGUACUAACUGUUCAGAAAGUACUAUAUAUAUUACCUUUUAUACAUUGUGAAGUGAAAUGUUACUGACAUUCUAUUAUAUUACAGGUUGCUGCCUAAAGCAUUAUGUUGCAGAAUACUCCAGCAAACUUUGGAGUUUAUUCAAUAAAUGGUAAGUAGCGGUGAUUGACAUCUGAGAGACAAAUCUAGGCAUAAGUAGGCAAUGUUUCUAUUACAGCAAGAUUGACCUAAAUGUUAUAAUUGAUGUUGAUAUUUUUUAUUAACUCACUAAGGAAUUUGGUAUCUGAGAAUCUGUCUAUAUAUAAAAAAUAUACACAGAGACAUAUAUUUAUAUAUAACUAGAAGCUAUAUAGGAAUAUGAAGGAUUAUAUUUGGUUCAUGUUAACAUGUUUCAUGUCACUAGUUUGGUCAUAUGGGAUGAAAAUCCUCUAUUGGAUAUAAAUGAAACCUCACUGCUUCAAAGUCCAGUUAUUGUUUCUCUGUAUGUUUACUAUUAUUAGUAGUAUAUAUUAUUCUAGGAAUCUAUGUGAUACAAACGGUACCCAAAGUGCUAUUCUCCUCCCCAGCCUACACAUGUUCAUACAUAUAAUAUAAAAUUAUCAUUACUGCUGAGAAACCUGUGACUGAAGCUCCAGUCCUGAUAUCAUCCAUUAAUUUGGCUGAAUAGUGACACUAGCCUUGUUUAUCAUUUAUUGAUUGGAGCGCUAUUCUUCUCUCUGAAAGUAUAGUGUAUGCUUCUAACACAGCGUAAUAUAGCUCCCCCAUAGGUAAGGACUUUGGUGCUGUGAUCAGGUAAGUAAAUAAAGGGUUUUUAAUCCUUUAUUCAACGUGGGGCAUAAGGGAAGGGGUGGAGGGAGGGGGAGGGGGCAGUAACAGUGAUAAUGCCAGGAAUGCAGCUUUGUAUUCCUGGCACUAAAGUAUCCCUUUGAAAUUAUAUUAGAGUCUCCAGAACAACUACAGCUACAGGAACACUAAAGUGCCAGGAAUACAAACAUAUAUUCCUGACACUAUAGUCUUAAAAGCACUGUUUAGGAACCAGCCCCUCCCCCCUUACUUUUAACAUGUAAUUUUACUAACUUUUUUUCCAGUGUUCCGCUGGUCUUCUUGCAGCUGGCCCUGCCCCACUCUGCCUUUGAUCAAAAUGAUGAUCUCAGCCAAUGCAAUACUUUUCCAUAGGAGAGCAUUGAAUCAAUGCAUCUCUAUGAGGAGUGUUAAGAGUCUCCAUGCAGAGCGUGGAGACGCUAAACGUGUGCAGCACUUACCAUAGAAGCCCCUCUAGUGGCCAUCUGAGUAACUGCCACUACAGGUGUUCCUACACAGUAAUGUAAAUACUGUGUUAAGUAUAUAGUGGAGCGCUUAGUAAUAAAAUAUAUCGCAUAAAACAUCUUUUGAAAAUUGUGUAAAUAUUUAUUUAAAUACAUUUUACACUUUAACCCCUUAAGGACUGGACUGUUUUUGCGAUGUUGUACAUUUGCGACCAGGCAUAUUUUUACACUUUUGUGGUGUUUGUGUUUGGCUGUAAUUUUCCGCUUUCUCAUUUACUGUUCCCAUACAAAUUAUAUAUUGUUUUUUUCAGGACAAAAGGGGCUUUCUUUACAUACCAUUAUUUAUAUAAUCUCAUGUAUUUUCAUUUAAAAAAAAUAUGAUGAAAAAUUGAAAAAAAUACAUGUUUUUUGACUUUUACUUGAAAAAUCUUUUACUCAUCUACAAAAGCAAAUGAAAAAAACUGCUAAAUAGAUUCAAAAUUUUGUCCUGAGUUUAAAAAUACCCUAGUGUUUACGUGCUUUUUUGCUUUUUUUUGCAUGUUAUAGGGCUAUAGGUACAAGUAGGAUAUUGCGGUUUCAAAACAUACAUUUUUAAAAUUUAUCAAUAGUGACAUUGUAACACUAUUAUCUGUCAUAAAUCUCUGAAUAACACCCCACAUGUACAUAUUUCUUUUAAAGUAGACAACCCAGGGUAUUCAAUAUGGGGUAUGUCCAGUCUUUUUUAGUAGCCACUUAGUCGAAAACACUGGCCAAAGUAAGCAUUCAUAUUUGUUUGUGUGUGAAAAAAGUAAAAAAACUAAAUUGAACGCUAAUUUUGGCCAGUGUUUGUGACCAAGUGGUUACUAAAAAAGACUGGACAUACCCCAUUUGCAAUACCUUGGGUUGUCUUCUUUUGCAAAUGGUAUGCCAUCAUGGGGGUAAUUCUCAUUCCUGGGCUACCAUACGCUCUCAAAGGCAACGUAACCAACCUGGCCAUUUUCAAUGUAAAAAUAUUUGACCCAUAUAUUUGACCUUGUAACUUUCAAAAAUGCUAUAAAACCUGUACAUGGGGGGUACUGUUUUACUCGGGAGACAUCGCUGAACACAAAUAUUAGUGUUUAAAAACUGGAAAACGUAUCACAACAAUUAUAUCAUCAGUAAAAGUGCUGUUUGUGUGUGAAAAAUGCAAAAAAGUAACUUUCACUGACAAUAUCAUCACUGUGAUAUAUUUUACUGUUUUGAAUCACUAAUAUUUGUGUUCAGCGAAGUCUCCCGAGUAAAAGAGUACCCCCCAUGUACAGGUUUUAGGGUGUCGUAGAACUUUACAGGAUAAAAUACAUUGCUAGCAAAUUAAAUUCUCCGGAAUUUCGGCCUGGGUUGGCAGGCAGGUCCCUCAAAUUGCAAUCAAUAAAAUUACUGAAUUAUGUAAAAAUAUUACAUAAAUACGCACGUAGAAUUUAAAUAUAUAUGCAUAUUUAUAUAUUUGAAGUCAACGUGUAUAUUUACAUAAUUAUUUAUGUAAUUUUGUAUAUGGACAUAGUAGUACUAUAAGUAGUCCAAUUUGUAUUAUUCUUUAGUGUAUUUUGAUAAUAUUAUAUCAUAUAUAUAUAUAUUAAUUUUAAAAUACAGUUAGAAUAAAAUUUCAUAUAGAUAUAUAAUUUUUUUUUAAUUUUUUAUUAUUAUUUAAAAAAAAAUAUUUAAUUUAAAUUACUUAUUUAUAUUUUAUAAUAAUAUAUAUAUACAAUAUAUAUAGUUAUUAUAUAUAUUAUAUAUAUAUACGUGUGUAAUUUAAUUAUAAGUGUAUUUUUAUAUUAAUAUAUGUACAUAUUAAUAUAAAAAUACACUUAGUAUGGCAUUAUAUAUAUAUAUAUAUGAUAUAUAGGCAUUAUACAUAUAUAAUUUUUUUAUUUUUUUUUAUUAACACUAACUUUAUUUUUUUUAAUGAUUUUACACUUGCAGGGAGACUGCCUUUCAGCACAGGCAGUCCCCCUGCAGGCAGACACAUGGACACCUAUUGUGACCAUGUGAUCGCUGUGUUAAGUGAUCACAUGGCCACAGGGGUCCUAAUCCAGUGUGGGGAGACUGUCUGGGCUGCAGGCAGUCUCCCCACAACCGGAGCACCGCUGAUCGCCGCCGGGGGAACGACGGCGAUCAGGUAAGUAACUCUGACCGUUAGGACGGUUCAGGACCGUCAUCGGUCGGCAAGGCAAAAAUGCCGAUGACGGUCCUGAACCGUCCUAGGUCAUGAAGGGGUUAAAUACAAAUUUAGAAGGGAUUUUUUGGCAAUAUGUUCCAUUACUAAGCGCACCACCAUAUACUUCAUAGAUUUUAACCUUUUGACCUGCUAAUUGAAUAACUCAUGGGUGUUUUGAGCAGCUAAUAUAAAAAAAAAAAUAAAAAAAAAAAAAAUAUACAAACAUAAGCGCUUUACAACAUGGAAAAAUCUAUUUCCAUUGUUUUAGUAAUGUAUAAAAAGCCUGCAGGGCCAUUUAGCUAUAGUUAUUCUUUAAUGUAGUUGCAGGAAACCUAGGAAAACCUCUAUUGGCAGUGACUCAGAGUGCAGCACUGGGAUUCAGCGUCUCCAAGUUCUGCACAGAGAUGCUGAACGCUACCCAUAGAGAUGCAUUGAUUCUAUGCAUCUCUGAGGAGAUGUUGAUUGGUGCAACACUUUGCUGCAUAUAUGCAAUAGCCUCUGAAUGUUUCCCCAUGGGAAAUCGUUUGAUUGGCUGAGAUAGUUAAAUUUGACGAUCUUGGCAAAGGAGGCGGAGCGGGGUGGCGAGAGACAGUGGGUGAGUAAAUUGCCUUUUUAAAGGCAGGCGAGGGGGACCGGAAACCUAAACUGUGUUUUUACAAGUAUAGUGCCAAAUAUACACAUUUUUAUUUCUGACAAUAUAGUGUUACUUUAAACUGUUUAAUGUCAACAGACAAAAUCUAAAUAAUAAUAAUACAUCAUUUUAUGUCUGUUAAUCCUGUUUACAGAAAUUGAAGAACAACAAGGAGGAAACUAUUUAACAUCUGGACGUUUCUCCAACAUUUCUGUUCAUCACCAACAACUGCACAUGUAUCCAGCACCUGUAUAG